GUUGACGAGCCACUUUUUUUUACAUCUCCUGAAGCACACUUUCACAUUUCUGACUCACAGAGGUAUUCCGAAGAUAUUACCUCAUGGCUUCAAUCAAACAGAAAUGACCCUGCCUGCGCAAAUUUCCUUCCGCUCCUCAAGGACCACAUCCUUGGUCACUUGCGUGGACAUCCAUAUGAUGGCAAUGAAAGAGGUUUUUCUCACCAGGAUCACCACACGAUGAUCUUUGAGAAAAACUGA